UCAAAACGCAGCGCCAACAAUGAACAAUUCUAAGAAUCAACAUCAAAAUGCCAAUGAGCAAUUAACAAAUCUAUCCGUAAUUGAGGAAAAACAAAAACAAAAGCACAUGCAGCUUUUACAUCAAUACAACGACCUUAAGGACGCUACCGAAAUCGUACUAGGAGCCUUGGCCCAAGCAAAAGGAUUACCAGUGCAAGAAAUGUACAAAAUAUAUAAUCUGCCAAAGGAUGAGUAA